CCAUAUUAGUGAGGUACACGUGACCGCCGGACAUAGAGAGGAGCUACUAGCAAUCUCUAUAUUUUUCUCUUCUGGUAGAUCAGCAGUUGCACUCAAUCGUCAUUCAAUCUGCCAGAAAGGAUGUCUUCCAGCAGACCUGCGAUAUCGCGGCCAAUUCCUGCGACUGCAAAGUACUUUUAUUCUUCGCAGAAGGUCGCCGGGACUGCACCAUCUACACGAGUUGACAUAUCCGACGCCUUGAACGACUUGCUUGCGCAGAUAGACAAUCGUGAUGCGAGUGGUCCGACGAGGGAAAGCGAAGAGCAUGCGGAACCGAUUUCAGCUUCUGAAGCCGGCAGUGGCGAAAACACAGAAAGCAAGCCAAAGUCCGGCAAGGAAAAGAAACGAGAAGCACGCAAAGACAAGAAACAGUCUAAACAGCAACAGCAGCAGCGGUCAGAGGGCUCCGAUGUGGCCAAUGUUGGGAAACCCCCCGCCCGUACUCCAUUCUGGUUCGAAAAGUACAUUUGGUUUCUUUCGAGUGAUGGCUAUCUGGUCCUUACUUCUCGAUACUCGCAUCAGACCGCAUUGUUGCUUACUCGGCAUCUGAAAUCAAAAGAUAUAAUCGUUUCCGCCGACGUCCCAGGUGCCAGUUUAGUUGUCGUCAAAAACUAUCUGCAAAACGCUGAAGUUGUCCCUCCGAGUACGUUAGCUCAAGCUUCUAUGCUUUCUAUCUCAACGUCAGUGGCGUGGGACACCAAUGGCUUCGUUCAAGGCUGGUGGGCGCGUUCGUCCGCCGUUAAAGUAAAGACUAAUGUCGAAGAGUCUCUGCGAUCACUGUCUGCUCUUGAAGGUCAGAAGAAGGAGGAUGCUAUUGAACUCGAGCUCGAAAUCAAUAUUGAUCCCAAGAUGAAAAAUUCGAUUGGUCCUGUACCGCUAAUCAUGGGGUUUGGCUUUCUGUUCCUCGUGGAUGACGAAAGUGCCGCCCGUCACACCAGGCCGCUCUCUGUUGCAGACCUUAGUCUAGAGUCAGAAGAGGAAAAGACUGAACCACAGGAGGAGGAUGGGAAUCAGUUCGACGGUGAAACGGACAGAAAUGACGAUGAAUCAGCCAGCAGUAUGUCUGAGCAGGACGGUGACAGUGAGGAAGAUGAUAUGAGCGAUGCAGCAACGGACGAAGACGAUGAGGUGUCAGCAAGGAGCUCAGCAUUAUCUCGUACAGAGUCUACAGCAUCUUCUUCGCCAGCACCGACCGCUAUCCCGCAUGGAACAAAAUCAAAGCUCAAGAAAAUAUCUCUCAAGUACGCCGAUCAAGACGAAGAAGAGCGUGCUAUUCGAAUGGCGUUGUUGGGGUCGGGAAAUGCUGCGUCCCGUAAGCAAGAGCUCGAACAAGCACGGCAAGCGCGUCGGCAGGCUCGUGAAGCCGAGGAGCAGGCGCAAAGGAAAGCUGAAGCUGAAGCGAAACUGAAAAACAGAGAUCGACGGAAAGAGGCUACAGAGUCACAACGGGUUCCUUUGCGAGCUGAUGUGCUACUGGUCUACGAUGAAGGAGAGGAAGAAGAGAUUGUACCCCGACAGAAAAUGGUUUCCAGGCCGUCUCGGGAAGACAACGUCAUUGCUGCGGUUCCAAUUUGUGCUCCUUGGCCUGCGUUACACAAAGUGAAGUAUAAGGUACGACUGCUUCCCGGUGUUGGCAAACGGGGCAAGACCCUCAAAAAGUGUCAGGAGUGGUUCAUGAGAGGUAUGGGCGGACAGCCUGACAAAUCAGAGAUGGACACAGAUCGGGCAUGGCCAAAAGAAAUCCGUUUAAUAGGCGCUUUGACUGAUGCAGAGAUCGCUCUUCCUGUGGGCGUUCAGAAAUUCAGAGCUGCUAUUCCUUCGGCAAAUAGUGCGGGUGGAAAAUUACCAAAAAGUUCAUCAGGGAAAAAGGGAUCAGGAGCCUCAGCAGGGAGCAGCAGGGCUGAACAGUCCCAGAAGGGUUCCAAGGGAGGAAAAUCUAAAAAGGGCAAAAAGUAGAUUUGGGGAGAUAGGACUCUGGAAAUGCAUGCUUGUAUAAAUAACCGUGAUUUCUACGCUCGGCGAUAGUUGAAGAGUGCGGCUUCUCGAGUAAGAAGUUCUUUCGAUUCAAAUCGUACACCCGAUAUCAUGUAUAGACCGCAGUUGACCAAAUUUGUAUGAAUCGGUAAAGCAGAUUUAUUUUGGAUCUUACAUUAGAAGAAAAAUGUGGAAAGCCGAGAGCAAAGAGUUAUGAGUAAACAAUUAUUGCCGGCUGGAGCGGUUUUGGAUCG